UUAGCUAAGACUGCCGGGCCCCAGCCCAGGGCUAGCAGAGUCGCCGCCGCCCUCCCACAAAGCCACAGGCAGGUGCAGGCGCAGCCGUAACGCGAGCGUUUCAAGCCAAGCCGUUAGCGAGCCCUCCGGGCGGCCGUCGGUCCGUGUGUCCUUUCGUCCCGGCGUCUGUCGGUCCGUCGGCGAGCCGCAGCUCUCGCCCCUGCCCCUUGUCUCCCCGCACCCGGAGCCGCCCGGUGGAGCGGGCCUUGCCGCGGCAGCCAUGUCCAUGGGCCUGGAGAUCACCGGCACCUCGCUCGCCGUCUUGGGCUGGCUGGGCACUAUCGUGUGCUGCGCGCUGCCCAUGUGGCGCGUGUCGGCCUUCAUCGGCAGCAGCAUCAUCACCGCGCAGAUCACCUGGGAGGGCCUGUGGAUGAACUGCGUGGUGCAGAGCACUGGCCAGAUGCAGUGCAAGAUGUACGACUCGCUACUGGCACUACCUCAGGACCUGCAGGCGGCCCGCGCCCUCAUCGUAGUGGCCAUCCUGGUGGCCGCCUUCGGGCUGCUCGUGGCGCUCGUGGGCGCCCAGUGCACCAACUGCGUGCAGGAUGACACGGCCAAGGCCAAGAUCACCAUCGUGGCGGGUGUGCUCUUCCUGCUGGCCGCCCUGCUCACCCUGGUGCCGGUGUCCUGGUCGGCUAACACCAUCAUCCGGGACUUCUACAACCCCCUGGUGCCGGAGGCGCAGAAGCGUGAGAUGGGCGCCGGCCUGUACGUGGGCUGGGCAGCCGCGGGGCUGCAACUGUUGGGGGGCGCGCUGCUCUGCUGUUCCUGCCCACCGCGCGAGAAGAAGUACCAGCCCGCCAAAGUCCUCUACUCCGCACCGCGCUCCGCCGGCCCUGCACCGGCUGCGAGCACAGCCUACGACCGCAAGGACUACGUCUGAGGAGGCAGACGCAGGAGACACCACCACCACCACCACCAAGAGCUGGAGCGCCCACCAGUCCAGCCUACAGCCCUGCAUCGAGGAUGCCAGGAAGCCCACUCUCUGGACUGGAAGGGGCCAUCUCAGUGCCGCUGCCCCAGCUGCCACCUCUCUGCGGGUUGGGGAGCCAACUGCGGGACCCCAAAACCAACCCGCGUGGACAGUGAAACCUCACCCUUCUGGAGCGCGGGGCUGGGGUGCCCGCCGAUACUUGCCUGCUUUGUCGAGCCCCAUCGGGCCGCUGCCCCAAAGCCCGUCAUGGGCAGGGAUCGGUAGCCAUGACAUGGAGCACUUAAUAUUUUUCAAUAAAAGCAUUUCGUUUUGCAGUUA